AUGCUUGCUGAUAUAUUAUCAAUCGGAUUCGUGGUAGUAAUUUUUUGGUUGGUAAUAUGGUUACUGAAAAAACAAGAUGAUUCUGAUUGCUUGUCAUUAGAGCUUCCCUCAGUGCCAGUAAAGUUUGAGCGGUUGCAAACGUUAGAUCAAUUAAAUCUGUUACUUAAUAAAUUGGAAGAGCUUGAACAGCUAAACCUCAGUCCGUGUAAAACGAAACUGAAAACAGUGGCUGAUCGGAUCAAAAAUGUGAAUAGAUAUCUGACAAAAUCCGAACUCUUAUUCAAAGACGAACUGAUGCAAUAUGAGAUUGCUAUCGAUUGGAUAAAGUCACCUGCUGAGUUCCGAAAUAAAUGUGGACCACCCAACUUCUUCCCUGCGUACUCACCCCUGACGGCCAGUGACAUAAAACGAUUAACCGAGUUCACUUUGCCACCGGUUGACUUUACUAGAACGCCAGUCGUACCGUUGCGGUGGUCAGUUGCCAGCGGUGAAUCGUCACUUCCAAUUGUCGACCAAUGGUUGGCAAAUGUUUCUUAUUUAAUGAUAGCAACCUUGGAAAAGGUAUGGAACAUGAAAGCCAAGGUGAGUUCUUGGACAUUCACUAACCACUUUGCUGAACACGAUGGAAUGAUAGAUUUCCUGCGCCGUGCUAUCGUUGUCAGUGCUGAAGAAGAUGCGAAUGGGAACAAAACGAUCUUCAUAUUGGACUUUAUGGUACCGCCUAAUGUGACCCUAGAUCGUAUACCUGAAGUUAAAGCCAUAGGACUUCCAAUAAAACCACUGAAGGGACUCUGCUGCACUCCGGUCAAAUACACAGAGUCCAACGCAUAA